GACACACCGAGCUCUGCCCGUCCCCCCACGGCGAGGCCACCGUAUCAUGGAGGAGUUCCAAGAAGCUGAAAUCCUGUGGCCCGGCGCCAACGAGCAUCAUGACAACGAUGAAGGCGACGUCGAGAAGACAGGUAUUAGUACUACCUUGUCUUCCGUCAUCGUUCGUCCCAAGCCGGCGGACACGCCGGAGCUGUCCGCGCCGGUCGAGAUCUCUCGCCGCAAGCGGCGGUGCCGGCCCUGGGCGGCGGAGGAGCACGCCGCGCUGGAUCCAGAAACCGGCGGGGGCGACGGCGUCGAAGAGGACGGCUGCGCCGACGACGCGAAGCAGAGAAGAAGCGCGAAGGGUAUGGCGGUCGUGCCGCCGCACGUUCUCCUGGCUCGGCGGAGGCUGCUGGGUGCCCGGACGGCGGCGUACUCCAUGUGCGCGGGGAAAGGGAGGACGCUCAAAGGGCGCGACCUCCGCGACGUCAGGAACCUCGUGCUCGAGAUGACCGGGUUCAUCGAGAAAUGAUCACGAGCCGUCGGGGAUUGCUUGCGAUGAUGAAGCGCAUAUAUAUGCGUCGUUGUCGAAAAUGCGAAGCUUGUGAAACCAGAAGUUUGCGCAGCAGCAAGGCCGAGCUGAAAUAAGAAGGAUAGAAGAGAUGACUGCUCAUCAUUUGGUUGGUUGGUUGAUUUUCAUUGUAAUAAUUUGCUAGCUCAUGUAAUAAUGUACAUAGCUAGCUUGGUACAAACGGGCAGCAAAUUAAAGUCGAAAAGAAUUAAAAUACCAACAGUUACUGAACUGAAUACCAGCUGCUACUGAACUGAAUACCAA